AUGCUGGUGCUCGCUCUCCUCUUCAUCGCGACAGGAGUAAACUCGCGCCCAUUCAACAUCACCCAUCUCAUCGUACCCGAAGUUGUGCCACCUGGGCAAGCCGAAGUCGAAAUAGAAUGCCGGUAUGACGCCAAUUUCACGAUCCUCAACUGGUUUAAAGGUCCCAACGAGUUCUUCAGAUACAAACCAGGUGCGGCGCCUAGUACGCGCUCCUUCCCAAUACUAGGAGUUGGAAGAGUCGAGCUGGUGACAUGUGGACCCACCGCUUGCCGACUCAAAUUAGGCGCUUUAACUGAAGAAGCGACAGGAUUGUACAGGUGUGACAUCGAACGCGACGUUCCACCAUACAAGUUUGAAACGCGUACUGCUUACAUGGAAGUUCACGGACACGAGCACAGAAGACCGUUGUUGGAAGGGCUGGCUGAUGAAUACGGAGAUGAAGAAGACAUUCAAGCGUACUGUCGUGGAGCGCCUGAUGCUGAAAUACGAUGGUAUAUCAACGGACGGGAAAUUGAAGAAAUGAGAGGUUCGUCAUCAUUGAAAAGGCGAAGUUCGAGACUUAUUUAUCAAGGUGUACCACCAAUGGUUACGGUGCAAUGCGCCGAGUUCAGAUAUGGGAAGUUGUCAGGGUCGAAAGAAAUGAAAGCCCGUUGGAAAGAUCCAGCUUUCAACCAGAAAGACGAAAGAGCCCAAGAACAAAGGAAUCAUUCGCAGAUAUUAACUGUUCAUUUAGGUUUAUUAUGGCUUUUAUGUUUGUAUUACUUUAAUUUAUGUACAUUUUUGUGA